GCAGGGGGGCCUCGGUGUCGCCACUGACAUUUUGUUUCUUCGAUGGUGCUACGUGCUGCAGCCGUGCAUAGUCAGUAAUGUAAGUCAGUCUACAGAUCGGUAGCGAAGGACGGACAACAUGCGGAGCCGCAGUAACUCCGGUGUCAAACUUGACAGCUAUGUACGAAUGGUGCAAAAAACGAUCCUCUGUUACCAGGACCCAGUGACAGGCCUGUUCCCCGCCAGCCCGGACAGCCCACAUGCCUGGGUUCGAGACAAUGUCUACUCGAUCCUGUCAGUAUGGGCCCUCAGCCUGGCCUACCGCAAGAACGCCGACCGCGAUGAGGACAAGGCCAAGGCCUACGAGCUGGAACAGAAUGUGGUUAAGCUGAUGAGGGGUGUACUGCAGUGCAUCAUGAGGCAGCUGGACAAAGUAGAGAAGUUCAAAUACAGCAAGAGAACCUCAGACUCCCUUCACGCCAAGUACAACACACAUACCUGUGCCACUGUGGUGGGGGACCAUGAGUGGGGGCACCUCCAGGUGGAUGCCACAUCCAUCUUCCUGCUCUUCCUGGCACAGAUGACUGCUUCAGGGCUACAUAUUGUCUAUACCAAAGAUGAAGUGGACGUGAUCCAGAACCUUAUGUUUUACAUUGAGGCGGCAUACAAAGUGGCGGACUUUGGCAUGUGGGAACGAGGAGACAAGACAAACCAGGGCAUUCCUGAGAUCAAUGCAAGCUCUAUUGGCAUGGCCAAGGCUGCCCUGGAGGCCCUGGAUGGGCUGAACCUGUUUGGGGCCAAAGGAGGCCCAGAAUCGGUGGUCCAUGCUCUGGCGGAUGAUGUCCAGCAUUGCCAGUCCAUCCUUAACUCAGUGUUGCCGAGAGCUUCUACCUCUAAAGAAGUGGAUGCGGGCGUUCUGUCUAUCAUAUCUUACCCUGCCUUUGCAGUGGAGGACAUUGAUAUUGUAAACAUCACCAAGGAAGAGAUCAUCUCCAAGCUGCAGGGCCGAUACGGAUGCUGCCGGUUCCUUCGAGACGGACACAAAACCCCUAAAGAGGACCCCAGCAGGCUGUACUACGAGUCCUCUGAGCUGAAGCUGUUUGAGAACAUUGAGUGCGAGUGGCCGCUUUUCUGGACUUACCUCAUUCUGGACGGCAUCUUCAUCGGCAGCGAAGAGCAGGUGCAGGAGUACAGAGAGGCUCUGGAUGGGAUUCUGAUCAAGCAGCCGGAUGGACUGCGUGUGGUCCCCGAGCUCUACAGCGUCCCUGCUGAUAAGGUGGAUGAGGAGUGCCUUAACCCCCACUCUGUGGAGAGGGUUCCCAUGGGAAAAUGUCCUCUGAAAUGGGGACAGUCCCUCUAUGUCCUGGGGAAUCUGCUGGCCGAGGGGUUCCUGGCCCCGGGAGAGAUUGACCCCCUGAACAGGCGCUUCUCCACCGUCCCGAAACCGGAUGUGGUAGUGCAGGUGUCCAUCCUGGCAGAGACUGAGGAGAUUAAGCAGCUCUUACAGAAACAUGGGAUCAAAGCAGAGACGAUGGAGGAAGUCCACCCAAUCAGAGUGCAGCCCUCCCGGGUCCUGAGCCACAUCUAUGCCCGACUCGGGCGAAAUCAGAGGCUGGGCCUGACAGGAAGGCCUUAUCGGCGCAUUGGUGUCCUGGGCACGUCCAAGUUCUACAAGAUCAGGAACACCAUCUUCUCUUUCACCCCCCAGUUCAUGGAUCACCAGCAGUUUUACUUGGCUCUGGAUAUCCACAUGAUCGUGGAGAUGCUGCGCUCAGACCUGUCGUACCUGUGUUCCCGCUGGAGGGUGACGGGUCGUCCCACGGUCACCUUCCCCGUGUCACAGGCCAUGCUGACUGACGACCACAAAGACCUGAAUCCAGCAGUACUGGCCGUUCUGAAGAAGCUGCAGGAUGGUUACUUUGGGGGAGCCAGGGUCCAGACAGGGAAGCUGUCAGAAUUCCUGACCACUUCCUGCUGCGCCCAUCUGACCUUCAUGGACUGCGAGGUGGAUGACCUGGCGGAGUACCUGGACCAGCUGCUGUCCAUGCCCAAAGAGAGCCCUAAAAUCAGCGCCACCAAGGGAGGCCUCAACCGCUUCCGCGCUGCCGCCAAAAAGACCCGGGAGAUGGUGUCCCUGGUGCACAAGGCCAGGGAGCUCAACAUCCACAAUGUUCACAUGUACCUCCCCACCAAGCUGUUCCGGUCCCCUCAGCCGGCCCUCAACUUGGUAGAUUCUGGGAGUCAGGACUCUGAUGUAACAGCCCCUCCCCCCAGUAACCUGCCCCGGGAUGUGAAUGGGGAAAUUGAUUACAUGGCCCUGGUGCAGAUGCUGAAGCUGUCUCAAAACCUGCAGGACCAGGCCGACAUCCUUUACAUUUUCUUCAAAGACAAAGGGAUGGACUGGGACACUAGGCUGCACGGGCGGGGCAGCAUAGUGCGGAAGCUGCUGUACGAGCUCUACGAGAAGGCGGGGUCCCUGCGGCACUGGGGAGUCAUCCGCAUGAUCUCCGGUAUGCUGCGGAAGAAGGUGGAGGAGCUGGACGAGGCAUGCUCAGACUUACUGGCACAUCAGAAACACCUGACUGUGGGUCUUCCCCCUGAGCCUCGAGAGAAGACCAUCACUGCUCCUAUGCCCCCAGACAAGCUGGCCAAGCUGAUUGAUCAGGCCAGUGAGAACAACAUCACCAUUGCCAUUCUCACACAGGAGAUCAUGGUUUUCCUGGCGAUGAUCAUCCGCACACAGCCUGGCCUCUUUAGUGAAAUGUUCCGCCUGCGCAUUGGACUCAUCAUUCAGGUCAUGGCCACUGAGCUCACCCAGUCACUCAACUGCUCAGGAGAGGAGGCCACAGAGCGUCUGAUGAAUCUCAGUCCCACUGAACUGAAGAAUCUGCUGCACCACAUCCUCAGUGGCAAGGAGUUUGCUAUCCAGAGAAGUGUGCGCUCUGUAGGGUCAGCUGUAAGCCCGGCCAUUGCCAUCUAUGACGCCAGCAAAUCUGGAGCUACCAAGAGUGCGAAAGUGGGAGUGAACAAACCGAAGAGUGACGUGAAGAUGUCUGUGUCUGUGCACUCUCUGGAUAUUGAAAACAUUGAGUCUGGGAGGUACAGGCUCCCUUCCAUAGAAUCCUUUGAAGGUAAUAUGAUGCCGGCGGGGGGGCGAGACAGCCGGCAGGGACAGUGGCUGCGCAGGAGACGACUCGACGGCGCCCUCAACAGGGUCCCCGUGGGAUUUUACCAGAAAGUGUGGAGGAUCCUGCAGAAGUGUCAAGGCCUGUCCAUCGAAGGAUUUGUCCUUCCCGCCUCCACCACCAGGGAGAUGACUCCAGGAGAGAUUAAGUUUGCGGUGCAUGUGGAGACGGUGCUGAACCGUGUGCCAAAGCCCGAGUACCGGCAGCUGCUGGUGGAGGCCAUCCUGGUGCUCACCAUGCUGGCCGAGGUGGAGGUGGAGAGCGUGGGCGGCAUCAUCCACGUGGAGAAGAUCGUUCACAUGGCCAGUGACCUGUUUUACCAGGACCAGAAGGACCUGGGAGCUGGGGAUAACCUGCUGGAUAAGGACCAGUCCACCGGCAUCUGCAGACAGCUAUACGACAGCGCCCCCAGUGGCCGUUUUGGCAGCAUGACCUACCUAACCAAGGCCGUGGCCACCUACGUCCAGGACUUCCUGCCCAGCGGUGCCUGUGCCCUGCAGUGAGGCUGCAGUACAUAAGUGUGGUGGUGUGUUAUCACAUCAGCACAUCAUUUUAAAGCUGAAGUGCAUAUCCCCUCCCCCUCUCUGCCUGACAUGAGGGUCAUGGGAGAUGUAGUCUUAAAUCAUAUGAACAAAAGAUCAUCAGUGCCUGUUUUGUUAGUUUUCUUCAUCAAUACACAACGGAGAAGGUGGGGUCAUGGAUGCUUGGCUACUUGCAUGUAUGUAUUUAUUAUUUUAUUUAUGUAUGUACAAUUCAAUAUAUUUAGUAAGCAUUCAUUAUUUAUCUUUGUUUUGAGGAGCUUCUUUUAUGAUAAGCCAGUGGAGUGUAGUUUUUUAUGUUUUUAGUAGCUAGUAGUAAGUGAGACAAUUUCUUUAUUUCAAAUCUUUAUGCAUCUAAUUCUCAGGUGAAUUGGUACAUUUGGCACCCAUUGUGUUCUUCUGUGUUCUUAAUCUUAACAUAAAUAUUGAUUGAAUUGUCUGAGAUUUUGGAAUGGUCCACUGAAGUGUUUUUUUUUUUCAUUAUCAAUACAGGAAGUAUUCUGUUUUACAUAUUGUUGCGGGUCUGUGUGCUUCACAUAAUACAUAAAUAUUACAGUUACGCAAGACUGGGACCCUGGUGUAAUUUAAACUACUGUGGCCUCUGGCUGCAAAUUUGAAUAAUGAAAUUGAGCAUAUUACUUAGAAUUCACCAAAAUAAAUGAAAAAUGUCACAUCAGGUUAUUUUUAUUGAUGCUGAAGGACAACACACUGCUGUAGUAUGAAUAUGGUUCAUUUUAGUUCAUUGUUAAAAGAUGUGCAAUACAUUUCAUGACAGCUCUGUGACAGAGAUCUGAGACACAGUGGUCAAAAUGUCAAUUGGUGAAUUGGCAAGACAGACAGGAAAAUAAACUUGUUUGGCUUACCACA